AUGGUGGUCACUAGAAGUAGAUUGAACGCUAAGGCAGGAGAUGGAGCCACUCCUAAAAAGAUAAAGUUUCUGGAUAAUGAUGCAGAGGUAAAUGAUAUUGAGUAUCAUACAGCAGAAGAAGAAGAGCCAAAUCAAUCCGCAGACUCAGAUGAAUCAGAUUCAGGUUCAGAUUCCGAUGAAGCACCAGAAGAAGAAUCCACAACAGGAAUAAAAAAUGAAAUAAUAGCAAAGCAAAAAGAAGACUUAAAAAAACAGCAAGAAUUGAAAAAACUUGAAAAGGAAAGGAGAAGACAACAAACUUUGUACAAUCAACAGCAACAACAACUUAAGAAGAACAAGAAACAAGAAGAUGAAUUACCAGAAUUCUUACCGGAGGAUAUAUUCGAAUCAAUAUCUGAUAACGAAGCUGAAGAUUCAGAACCAAUAAUACCAUCAAAGCAUUUAAAAUUACAAGAUUUUGAGAAGUUAGAUGAGAUGGAGAUACGUCGACAAAUAAAACAAUCAAAGUUAAAAGAUCUUAAGAAAAGUAAGAAACUUUCUAUAAAGAAAGGUCCAGUGCAUGUUAAGGUUCAGCAGUUUAAUUUAGACAAAAAAGUUGUUCCAAAGUUCGAAAACAAGGUUGUCAAUACAAGAAAUAAAUGGCUUAAAAGAAAAUCUUUAGGCAAAAAGUAA